AUGUACGAUAGAAUGGCGAAGAAAGAUAAGGAAAUGCAAGGUGAUGAGUUCGAAACCGCAGCAUCAAUCCGAUUGAAAGUAUCAUUCCGUCUUGGAAAAGCUCUUCAGGACAACUCACCGCGGCCAGUGAAAGUGGUUCUUCAGGCAGAGGAAAAGUCCAAAGUUAUACACCGGUGGAGCUACAAGCUAAAGUUGGCUUCGGCUCCCGCGUUUACUCAGCAUAUCCAUGCACCCACCCGGAAGGUUGAUGAGAAGAAAUCCAUUCUUUACUUGGUGCUCUCGCCGAGGCAGUCAGAUGUGAUCAAUAUUGGCCUUCUUAUAUCAAGUGAAUUUAGUGAUUGCUCCGUUCUGCGAAUACACUGGAGGCGUGGCGUAUCUCAUAUGGAAAGACCACAAGACGGACAGAAUGUGGAGCGCUCAUCUUCUCCGGACAUGCAUCAAGUUGCAAAGCUCAUGGAUUGGGAUUCAGAUAGCCCUGAGAAUGCGGAUGAAUCCUAG